AUGGCGCCGAUAGAAUUCCAUCGUUACCUCGACGCGCGCGGCGACACUAUCAUCUACAAAUUUGACCCUGAUGUCGCGCGUAGACCUGAUCCCAGCUGGCCCAAUGACUCUGCAGUCAGCGUCUACCAUUACUACGCAAUCAACAGGCACAUAAACGUCAACUACCAUUCCGAUCUUCUGCCCUUAGAUCUCGCAGUGGAGCGCUGGCGCAACGACAAGCAAUCCUCGCAGCCUGCUGUCGGCAUGGUCAUGUACAAAGAGGAUAGCUCCGGAGAGUGCGGUUAUGGUAACCAGAUGAAGACGCAGUAUAUUUGGAGGGGCUGGGGUCAUGGUGAAGGCUACAGGCGGGGCUGGGCGAAGCUUUCUGUUCUGAAGCCUCCAGCGAAUGACUUCUCUUUUCCGCCAGAACAAGACAGCGAAAGCAAGUCAAGUGUCACUCUGGAGAAUCCCGAGCGAAAGAACGAUCCCAGGUCGAGCGAUCUACCACCAGUAUUGAAGGCUGUGAAGCAAGUAUUCAACUCGCUCGAGGGAUUUUUAAGAAGCAGCAUAUACACCGGGACCUUUCAGAAAAGUCUUCGCCAGGGACAGUCUCAAAAACGAUCCACGACAAGGACCCAUCAUCUCGUGGCACAGUUCACAGUAGUCGCCUGUUGCCAGCGGACAGCAAGCACGAGUGCAUGGCAAGAGUGUUCGGAAUGGUGUGAGAACGGCCCGGCUCUUGCUACAAUCAGCAGCGACGAGUCGGAAAAUGAGCGCCAACUUGAAAUUGAGGACGCAGACAAUAAUUUUGCAAAUCGUGGGGACGGGACAAACAAGAGCAUCCGGUACGACGGGAAGUUCGCAUUCAUCACUCAAUCUGAUCAUCCGCACAACCCUGGGCUAUUCAUCAAAGGGCUAGGAACCGUCGGCCUUCCUCUCUCGAUCCGAGAUGCUAAAGCGAUUGCAAGCGUCUCCAAAAAAUCUCCUUUUGGCAAAGGCGAUGAAACACUUGUCGACGAGAGCGUGAGGAAGACUUGGGACCUAGAUCUGACAGAAUUCGAGUGUUGUAACCCCAAAUGGCAGUUUGCCCUCCAGCAGCUGGUGUCGCAGGCUAUCCAAGGCCUUGGGGUGCAGGCGCCGGGUAUGUUCGGAACCCUUGUGGUGUGCUUGCCCUCCGAGCACACCGGUGGCGAGGUGCGCUUAGUACACGCUAGCAACGAGCGGACCUUAGAAACCGCCCAUACCUCUGCCUUCGAUCUUACUGUGCUCGCUUGGUACUCCGACGUGCAGCAUGAAAUCAAGCCGGUGACAUCUGGUCACAGGCUUGUGCUCACCUAUAAUCUGGUCCAGGACCAGCCACAGCCACAGCAAUCUGCAGCUACUCUUGACCAGAACAUGUCGAAGUUUGAACAAACCCUCCAGGCUUGGAGUCGGCGUCAUAUUGAUUCGGAGUAUCUAGUAUACCCGCUGGAGCACAAAUAUACCGCCGAUCUCUCUUUGCAGAGUCUCAAAGGGCCAGACGCCGCCAAAGGUCUCACUCUUGCACAACUCUGCAAUAAGAAUGGUAUAUACUGGUUCCUCGCUCGAAUGACGGAGCAGAGUCGUGAAAGGAACUACUAUGGGGGCGUCUAUGGAGAGGAAGAAGAAGAGGAGGAGGAAGAGGAAGUUAGUUUCCUCCUCCGUGAUGCAAAAUUACCUUCCGGACUGGAAAUCCCGAUAUUUAUUAGCCCUGUAGAUCCUGCCAGUAUUCUGGCAGAUAUGGACCAUCUGCAUGGCGACCGAGCUGCUGAUAGCGAAGACGAGGGAGAGUAUACAGGCAACGAAAACAUGCCUGCAACCUUUCGUUAUCACGACUCAGUGCUCGUCAUGAUGCGAAGGGACGAUCUUUUUCGAAGGAUAUCAAGCGCACACGGUGAUAUGUGUUCUGACAGAACUUGGGGAAAAGAGCCGUGUACAGGGUGGUAUAUUGUGCGACGGCCCUAUAUUGCUGGAAUGGUCAACUACAAUCGUCCACGCGAAGCAGGUCUGAAGUACGUUAGACUCUUUGACCUAGUUUCCGAACUGUGUCACACGAACAACAUGAGUCAAAUCAUCGGCGAGGAGCUUCGCAGCGUGAUUAUAAAUCCAGCGUGGACUGAAUCGCCCGAGUUGUUUGGGAUGACUAAAGCACACAUUGCAAGAGAGCUCUCAAUCGGCAAAGAGGAUGUGUGGACCAGCUGGCUUGAGACGCCCAUUUCACCCGCCUCAACUUAUACCUCUGCAAAAGUAGAGCGUUGCGCCCUUGAUGUCAUUGAUAUUUUUCUUCCAUCAGCAAGCAUUCCAGCUUUCAAAGAGUGGAAGAUCGCACGACUCAAUCGUGUCGUCCGUACUGUGACCUUGUUUUCCAUGGAAGACGCAGGAGCUCUCUUGUAUCUUAUUCCAUACAUUGCCCAGGACACGUAUCUUGAGACAGUCAUCCCGGUCAUCCAAGGACAAGUCCAUCGUGAAAGUCUCUUGCACUUUCUACAACUCGUUGGUGCAAACGACAGCAUACCCUUUGAACUUGUUGUGAAGCCUGCGUACGAGAGACUAGCUGAUGCAGCAACUGAGGUAGUGAAGCUGAGGGCCGAAGAUCUCAUCAGUGGGCACAACAGCGCGCAUCUGAAUAACGUGCUGACACUCAUUGAUAACUACUUGAGAUUUGGCCUGCCCAGAGAAGCUACGAGACUGAUCAUUGCAUCUUUGCCAGACGUCCCAAAUCCCAUGUCAACCGAAUGGAGCAAUUGGAGACCAUGGUUUGACCUUCUUAGUAGACUUGCGGGCAUGAUCUCCUGGAUUAACGAUCCAACCCUGGCUGACUCAACAAGGCCUUUCAUCAUUUCGGUCAUAGACGCUGUUCUGGGCCAUAGCGGUCGUUCCAGGCCGCAAGAGCCCCGUGAUUGGGCGCGUCGCCCACAGAGUUAUGUUGAUAGACCCGGAGGACCUUACUCCAGUCGCAGCGGCACACUCUGCACUUGUCAGCCAUGCCAGGCCAUGGCUGCGUUCAUAUCGAGUCCGACGCAGAUUGUUGCGCGAUUCACAUAUACCGGAGAAGUACGAAAAUAUCUUGAAAACUUCGCCAAACCGUACGAAGAAUACGUAUGCACCACAGACAGAAGCGCUGGCACUUCCUACACUUUGGCGAAACAAAAGAUUCAUCACUUCUAUCACAAGUCACUUGCUCAAUGGCAGAAUGACGCCGCCGAGAUGAAUAGCAGACUGAUACAAAUUGAUAGUAUCUUUCCUCUGGCCCAUGCGGGCAUCGCCGCAGCGAAUUUGGCAUCACCAAACGGUGGAGGGGUCCAGGUCCAAAGGGCAUUGCAGCCACUCUCCUUUACCUCGUUUCCAACACAGGACUUGCGUGCACCCGCGCCAAUGGCCGGCACGAAGAGGACGAUUGAUGGCCUGUGCUUGACUGGUGGCUAG